UGGUCACUUAAUCAACGAGAUGAAGGGUAAACUUUUAAAAGAUUUUCAAGAGCUCAGUUUCUUUUGCUAGUUUCCUGGUUUGGUAGCAGCUGAUAGCAGUAGCUGCUGGGUUUGUGGGUUCUUGCUGCUGAAGCCAUGAGGUUUUUAUUAAGAUGGCUGUUGUUGUUACUACUAACUGUUGGAAGUCAUCAAGCAAACGAUUCAAGUAGUCGUUACCUCAGGGGGAAUGCUUCAUGGCGCAGCGAAUCACUUGCUACUCAUACUUUAACCUUGAAUGCAAAGGUAGCAAAGUCCGGUUUGCAGUCACGGGUCCCCCGGCAGCAGCAUCAACCUCAGGCACCCAUUCAGCGUAUAUGCCGGCUCAGCUCAAAGACUUUAUGCCUUCCUAAGAAGCCCCAGCAGUUCACCAGUCCACUCCAGCUGCCCAGACAGCAGGUUGACUCCCUAUCUUGGGGAACCCAGCCAAAGUGGAAGCCUUCCUGCCUGCCCAAGCACUUCUGCCAAUCCAAGGAGCCUCGGGUGUCCCAUCAGCCUGGUUCUCCACUCAGGCUGCCUGGUUUCCUGUCCCAGUGGCCCCAGUGGCCUGACCGUCCACUUUACCAGCUCCAGAGACCCCACUAUCCGGCCAAGUGGCCACUAUACUCACUCCAGAUGCCUCAGUACCAUGCAAAAUGGCCACACUUCCUGCCUUACUACCAGUCCAAGCGUCCACACUACAUGACUGUGUUGCCUAUCUACAGGGGGAAAGUUAUUGGUCUACCCAGCAAAGCAACUUCAGUAUCCCCAGCAGGCACAGAAGGUGGUGCUAAUGUAAUAGCCACACAAAGGGACCAAUGGGCAUGGUAUGUAGGAAAACGAUUAAUGAGAUAACUGGUUUUCAAUGGCCUUUAUUCAUGAAUGCUUUCUGUUAGGCACAGCAAUGUUGAGCCUUCUGAAUCAUUGUACUGACCUUUCCAAUUAAAAUAACUUUCAUCUUGACUCUGUAAGCAUUAAUUGAAUGAUUUGGUAAUAAAGUUUGAUAAGGUGUGUGUAUGAUGCCAACACA